CCUUCUGACAUUCCAGCUAAGCAAGCAACGUAAGUAUGUAGCUUUCCCUUCUUCUUUUAUUAAUUUUUCAUUUAUUUUUUUUUGUUUUUCCCUUUCUGCAUUGGAGUACACUCCAAAUAGACUUUCUCUAUUUGCUCUAGACCCACUUCAUUUCAUUGACACAUCACCUCCAAUGCACCCUAGGGUUGGAGAUGCUCUAAGGGUCUCAAGAACACCUAUGAUAAGAGACCCAAGGGAGAAUCAUUCAAUCAAUCAGAAAUCAGAUUGUGUAUCCUUAGAAAAUCUACACAUCAAUGACUUCAUCAUCUUCUCCAACACCACCAAAGUUCGUUUCUCUACAACCGAUAACUUUCCAUUUAAGGAAAUGGGAACUUAAAUUAGGGACAUCCAAUUAAGGAAAG